UGCAUGAAGGUUCGAUAGGUACAAUAAAAAGCUUGUUCAAAAUAUUCGCAACAGAUGCCACUAGUUUUGGACAGAGAACAUUAACAUUUUGUGCUAAUAAUACAAUAUCGUAGUCCUACCUAUUACCACGUAUUACAGUCCUACGUGCGUAACUGAGUAGGUUGUUUUCAUGAUAUAUAUUAGUUUCAUAGUGUAUUUAUUUCAAUAAUUGCAAAGUUAUAGGUACCUACCUAUAGCUAUAAUAUAUCUUUUUCGUAAAAUACAGAACCUACCUAUAGAUAUGAUAUAUCUUUUUCGUAAAAUACAGUGCCUACCUGUCUAGGUAAACACUUACCCACCUCUUCAUUUACCAAUUUAGCAGUUCUAUAUACCUAGGCAUCAUAAAUUCUACUCGGAUGAAAAUUCAUUGUGAAUUGUCAGAAGCAUCAACCUUGAGAUGGUAGAUAUGGUAUCCACUUCUGUCAGUUCUGUACCUUUUGCGUGGUAUCUACCUGUUCCAUAAUUAUGUACUACUUAAAGACAAAAGUUAAAUGACAUUUAUUUGGACAAUUCAAAAUUGGAAAACAACAAACAAAAGACUUGAGAACAAAUGAGUUGGCGGAUGACAAAACGUCAAAAUUAGGUACCUAUGUAUUUUUAGAUGAACGAAAACAUCAAAGUAUUGACCUAGGAACUUUCAGAAAGCGAUUUUGUAGAUGUGAAUAAUUAUACGAGACACCUACUGAUCAACGCAACAGUGAAGGAGUGAGCAUAGAAGAAGUAAAACAUACAAAUAAAGAAUAGAAGUAAGUUCGCAUAGCAGGUUACAGUAAACGUGUACGUGUCAGAACAGGAAAACAACACAUCUUUGUCUCGCUUCGACUCGCGAGCCGUCGCAUCACAAAAUGGCGCCGACUGCCCAUCGACAUUCACCGUGCGGCUUCACGCACACAUCGAACAAUUUCGCAUUUGACGAUCUUCUUUGCUUCGAGAGAGUUUGCUCACGACGACGCUCAUUCUGUUUUACUGCUAGACUGCACUUUUCUGAAGACUAUUAGGUGCGGUGUCGGCUUUUGCAAAACAGGGAAAUGAUAAACAAUGCAAUUAAUUAUUGACUCUGAGCCUGGUCUAGCCAUAGAAAAAGAUAUGUCUGCGAUCGACGAUAUUGAGAAAGUUGGAAAUGGCAAUAUUGAGCAACUUAAUGAAAAUAACUGCAACGGAAACAAAGAAAAUAUUGGAGAUGUUAACAUAAUUACAAAUGAUCAAAUAGACAAACAAAAUAUUGAUGCGGAUGUUGUACCCGAGACGCAGAGUGAAAUAAAAUCAGUUAAUUCGGAACCGGAGAAGACUAAUGGGCUUGAAACGAAAGAAACUGAAAAAAUUCAUGAAUCUGUCGCAAAUGGUAAGGAAACAAAAGAAUCUCAAAACAAUAGCUGUAAUGGAAAAAAUGAGAGCACCCCUCUCAGUGCAGAGCAACCGAUUGAAAAAAAACAGGAACUAAUUGUCUGUGAAAGUAUUACAAGUAAUAGUAAUGUGCACAAUACAGACCAAAAUAAAGAUUCUGGUGAAGAAACUACUGAUGUUAACAAUGAAACAUCAACAAAACCAGUAACUGGUGAUGAAUUAACAUCUGCUGAUAAUAUUGUAGCAGUAACUAAUAAUGAUGAAGCAGCAACUGAUGAAGUUGAAGCGGCAACAGAUAAAAUUGAAGCAGAAACUAAUAAUGUUGAAAUGUUAACAGAUGAUGUUGAGGCAGCAUCUAAUGAGAUUAAAGCAGACACUGAUGAAGUUGAAGCAGCAACUGAAAAUGUUGAAGCGUUAACUAAGAAGAUUGAAGCAACAACUGAUAAUAUUGUAAUGGUAACUGAUGAUGCUGAAGCAGCGACUGAUGCAUUAGACAGUAGUGAAAUUGUAACUGACACAGUCGAUUUAAAUAAAUCAGUACCUGAAUCUGCAACAGUUAAAGUAGUAGAAACGGAAGUAGCAGUACCUAGUCCUAAAGAUGAUGUUGAAGUCAUUGAAGAACCAGUGAAAAUAGAUAAGGAUUUGCCUGACGUUAUGUUGUCUAAAGAAUCAGGAAAUACGAAAAAUAAUAAAAAACUGGAUUUGCCAGGAAAUAACAAGAAAGAUGAAGACAGCACAAUGAUGGUGGACAUAACUGACACUGAAUCUGGUACAGUUGUAUUAAGCAAUGAAGCUCCAAUUGAGGUAAAAGAUGACAUGGAUGUAGAAGUUAUUGAAGAUACAAAAAAUUGUGAACAAAGUUCUGAAAAACAAAGUAAAGAUACACCUAGUACGCCUAACAAUAUUGUAGAACAACCCGUUGUAUGUAAGUUAUCAAAUACACUAGAUAUUUUGUCUGAUGAUGACGAUGAGGAACCUCCAAAAAAAGAACCUGCUAAGGUAGAAGAAAAUAUUGAAAAACAAUGCAUUAAUAUAGAGGAUGAUGAUGAUAUUAUGCUCAUUGAUGAAGACUCAAGUAAGACUGAAACACCUCCAACUGUAAAUAAUAGUAUUAAGGAGAAUGACUCUGACAAAGCUGAUGGUAAAACUGAUUCCGAAACUGGUGAAAAACCUCUUGAAGAAAGUGACUUAUUUGCAAAAAGUGAAUCACAAGGUUCAAAACCUGCGGAAGAAGCAAAUAAUAUAAGUGAAAAGCAACAAGAAGAAAAACUGCAGACAAUCGAACCAGCGCUACCCCUCAUACCGGAUAAUUUUCUAAAAUCAGCCAAAAAGAAUAUUGCUGACAUGACAAGGGAAGAUUUGGAAGAAUUCUGUAUAUUGAAAAUAGUAGAAAGUAUUGUGGAUAGAAGCAGUUUGAGUGAUAUUAAACAAAAACUAAAAUCUGUUGCCCAAGGUGUUGAAGAGUACAGGAAAAAAGUCAGUAUGCUCACAAAGCAAAAUCUAGAUCUUCAAGUGGUUUUAAAAUCUAUUCAGGAGGAACAAAAAAAGGUGAAACCAGACACUCCUAUUACUCCUCUCAAAAUAACUCGGUCCGUGGGCAUGCAAGUGUUUAUGGAAAAGACUGCACAGAGACGGAAAAAUAUUACACAAACCCAACAGACUCAAAACCCCAAUAAUACCACACAAGUCAUGAGCCGCCAAGGAAAGGUAGUGACACCAGCAAACACAAAUAGCCCUCGACCCCAGAAACCGCAGCCCAAUAACCAGAAUAUACCUGUACCUAGGCUAGUGCCAGCCAACAGCCCGGCUAUAAAAUCUCCAAGUUCUAUACCUCUAGUCAGUCAAACAACUCCAGGGAAAACUAGCAGUCCCAUGCCAAAUGGAGUGAAGAAUCCCUCACCCCUAAAAGCUGGUGAAAAAAGACAACACAGCAGAGUAACAUCUGUGACAGUGGAUUUAACUGAUGAUGAGCCACCAGCAAAAGUGAACAAUCGCACAUCACCAGCACCUCCAGUUAGAGUAGUUCCAUCUCAGAAUCUAAUGGCUGCUCCAAGACAAUCAAUUCCAGUAGGUGUUAAUAAUAGUCCAAGAAAAGUUUACAUACCUAUUAGUGGUCAGCAGAAUCAGAAUAUCAGACCUGGACAGACUAUUAUGUUAAAAGCUGUUGGAUCACCAGGUUUAAGGCCUAAGGGACCGACUUCUCAAGUUGCAAGAGUACAAAGUAGUUCGAUUAGAAUGACCAGCAAUGUGAGGCCACAAUCGUCAGGAAGACAUCCAGCUCCUCUACCCGACGCAAUGAAGCAAUACCAGCCACCAAACUGGAAAGCAUUACCACCAGCACCAGAAAUCAAAUUGUCUAAAGUGGAGAAUGGAAUAGUCAUAUCCUGGAAAAUUGAGAGUUACCAAGAAGACUGUCAUGAGGAGAUAGCAAGCUAUCAAUUGUAUGCAUACCAAGAAACAUCUUGUCCCCCAAGUACAACAUUAUGGAAAAAGAUUGGAGAUGUCAAAGCAUUGCCUUUACCUAUGGCAUGUACUUUGACACAGUUCAUGGCUGGAUUCAAGUACUACUUUGCUGUAAGAGCAGUAGAUAUCAGGUCCCGACUGGGCCCAUUCAGUUUACCCGGGAGCAUACUCCUACUGAAUAAAUUGUAAGACUGAUGUUGUGAAUGGACCAUGCUAAAUCCUGCAAUGUCAUACAUUGUAGAGUGCUUACAUGCGAGUGUAAUUGAUAGUGUUGUGUUUGUUUUAGUUAAUUAUUUAUUAUUAUAAUUUGUGGCAAUUGUUUAAAACUUUUUGAAGAGAACUUUUUCCGUGAACUGCUCCCCACUAGUGCUAUUCUUGUUAUGAUUUCGGAGCACUAUGGGACCGCGAUUCGGCUGGUAUACAUGGUAAAAUUUACAUGACAGGCAGAAAGCAGGUGGGAACUGACCACCUUUAUUUAUCUGUGAUGUAACACUUAUGUUAUGAUUUUCCCUAUUUUCCCUUAUCUAAUGAAACAAUUGAGUCAACACUAAAUGAGCCUGUUAUAAAUGUUUUUCUUUUAAUGGUUAGUGUAAUAGAAAUCUCGAUGAUGACUGAUUGAUUGAUCUUUUGAACAAUUAAAAAAAGUAGAAUGUAGCAUGUGUAAAGCUAACAGUAUUAUUCACUCAAUACCCAACUGUUGUUGUUUGUAAAGUGGCAGGUAUCUGUCAGUUGUCAUAACCAUGUAAACAGUCCUAAAUUCUUGUAAUGGUAACAUUAACAGAUACCCGCCACUAUAAAGUAAUAAUUGACAAAUCGAAUGUUAAGGUAGAUGAAUGAAUGAAGAGUUACCCUCAACUGGUUUAGUUGGAAAAUAUGAUUUUGAACACACUUGAAUUUGAACCGUUGAACGGAACGUUCAUAUUUUUAUUGUGAAAAUUAUAUCGAAGAAUAUCAAAAUAAUCAUCGUUUUAUUUCUGAGUUGAGAUUGAGUUCUUACACAUGGAAGUUGAUAAAAUUGUAAAGGCGUAACCUAAAUUUGUCAGUACUAUCUACAGGUAUAUUCCGAAGUAUAUUUUAAAUUGUAAUUCGUAAUCUAGGUACAUUACUGCCUGUGUAGAAUGUGGAUAUUUCGGAUUCCUACUUGUGAUUACAGAUUUAAAAUCUACUUGUGUUUUUAUUAUUCCCUUGCUAUGAACUAAUCGUUAACAUUCCUCUUAGUCAUUGACCUUUUUACCACAAAAAAUAUUAAACAACUGGAAUU